UAUAUGCAAUAAAACGCAUCUUUUUUUGUUCGUAUCUUGAGUAUAUAUACUGCUCUCACAUCAGUUACAAGAUCAUUAGUGAUACGAAGAAGUAAAGAAACUUUAGGAAAAUGAAGUGUUUUUUGGUGAUAGCAUUUGUGGUUGUAGCAGCGGCAGCGCAUGGUGGUCAUGACCACAGUCACAGCCAUGACCAUUCAGAGAAAUCCGAUCAAGUGCGUGCGAUUGUCAAACUAGAAGAACCCAAUGGGGGCAAGGUCCACGGCAAUGUCACCUUCGUCCAGGAAGCUGAUGGCAAAGUCCACGUUCAGGGGGUGAUCGUUGGCAUGCCCGCGGGAGAGUACGGCUUCCAUAUCUACGAGAAGGGCGACAUCACCGGGGGAUGCGGCUCAAACGGGGAACACUUCAAUCCUGAUAAUAAAGACCAUGGCCAUCCAAAGGACGAGGAACGCCACGCCGGUGACCUAGGAAAUGUGGUCUUCAAUAAAGACGAAGUGGCUCAUGUUGACUUCUGGGACCAUGUUAUCAAACUGUCAGGACCAUACUCCAUCGUCGGUAGAGCUAUCGUUCUCCACUCCAUGGCUGAUGACUACGGAAAGACCGAACAUCCAGACUCUAAGAGGACAGGGAAUGCUGGUCACCACGUCGCCUGUGGUGUUAUUGGUUACUUGUAACCAAGAAAAAUUAAACUAUGCUUGUAAUAAAAAGUUAAAUACUUUGUGAUACAAAUAAAUCGUUUAAAACA